AUGUUAACCGAAUAUGGUUUAAACUAUAUCAAUAAUUUUAAAACACCAGAAGCUUGGUUACAAUUUGCAAAGUAUCAUCCACCUAUAUAUAUAUGUAGACGUUUAUUAAUACUAGGAUAUGAUGUUAAUAGAAAGAAUUAUUGGAAAAACUUUGUAUUCCCCAUAAAAAACAAUCUAACUAGAAAUGAAUCCAAAGCUAAUAACUCUGAAUUUGGAGAAUUUUUAAUCCAACAAGCAGUAAAGAAAUGGCUUUAUCAACUAGGUAGACCAUUAAUGAAACAUGCUCAAGAUCGGUUUUAUCAAAAUGCUAAUAAACUUGAAAAUUCGAGUAUUUUAAAAAAUCUUGAUGAUGAAAUCAUCCGAGAUAAAGAAUUUACAGAGCUUAAUACAUGCUCAGAAUGUGAUAAAAAAAUUCUUAUACACAACUACGAACCAUUGACAAUUCUCUUAUGUGGUCAUGUAUACCACAGAUAUUGUGUUGAGAAAUUUUUACUUACGAAAGAAAAUAAAUGUCCUAAUUGUGAUAAGGUCAUUGAGCCUAUAAUAUCAUUAGAAACACCAAUUAAUUCUCUCAAUCUUAGUAGUAAAAAGCAGGGUAGUGAUUCUACAGAAAAAUUCUCUAGUAAAAAAAUUAAGCCAGUUAAUAGGGAUAGUUCACCAACUUUAAAAAAGUUAAUUAAAGAAUUGACUACUCCAAUUGCCAGGCAAAUUUCAUCAGAAAACAUUAUUAUUUUGCAGUCAGAUAUUUCUGAAAUGAACAUAGAUUCAGUUAAUUUUCAUAAAUUAAAUAAAAAGAUUAUCAAAGCUGAAGAUAAUAAUCAAAAAACCAAUCAAGACGUAAUACAUUCAUAUUAUUAUUUCGGAAAAGGAUAUAAUUUAUGGUAUGAUUUUUACAGGCAAUCUAAUAAUGAGGACGCGUCUAAUGCUUUAGUUAAUGAUAAAAUCCGAGAGCAUAUUCCUGAUCAAGAUAAAAUUACUGAGACUAACCUUCGAAAAAGAAAAGAAAGGGCUAAAAAAGUUUUCAACCUUUUUAAUAGUAUUGGUGGUAAAAAAAUAAUAGAUCGUGUUAAAUCUUUUUUUGCAUCAAAUAUUUCAAAUCUAAGUCUAGAUGAUAUUGAUUAUGUAAUAGCAAAGGAACAAUGUCAAAAAAUUUAUAAAGAAGCUUGGACAGGAGAAAAGGAGAAACGACAAGCUAUGGAACAGGAACGUAAUGUUAAUAUAAUUCAAGAGAAUAUAGAAUUUAUAUUAAGCGGAUGUAGAGUUAAGCUAGAAAAUAGUUGCUCAGAAGCUACUAUGGUCGCAUAUACCGAAAUUGUUCAUCAUUUGGAAUGCUUAGAUCUAAUGACAAUUAAACCAGAAGUUCCUUUAGCAUCUGGUAUUAUUGAUCUCUCCAAAAAUGAAGACCCAUUUGUAAAUUUGUUAUCGUCUAGGUCUAAGCAGAUUUUGAUGCACCAUGAGUUUGGCAAUAAUGAAUUUCCGGAAGAAAUUAAAUUCAUAGUGGAUGAUUUCAUAGACAUGUAUAAAGAUCUGAGACCUAACUUUGAUUCUAUGUUAAUGCGACCAAUAGCCUUUCUACGAGAAGAAAUGUCAAUUGAAUCCAGACGUAUACUGAUGGUGGUUUUUGACUUGUUAGAAGGAUUGCAACAUAUUUGGAGUCUGAGACCAUUAUUAAUAGAAGAUGAUUACAGCGAGAACUCAUAUGUAAUUCAUGCUGUAUCAAAGGUUUUAGAUCCAAUCUUCACAUAUUCGAAGUGGUCCCUUAAACGAAAGAAGCCAGAUCUACAAGUUUUGUUAAAGCUUAACACAGUGAAAAAUGAAAUAGUACUUGCUGAGGUUUCACGAUUACUGCCUCAACAAGAUAAAGAAAUUAUCAACUGGAAAAAAUUGGUAUGUAUUUGCAAAGAUUGUUUUAAUGAACGAUAUAACAUUUUUUUUGAUAGGAGGGAUGAUACUACCGAUAUAGCCAGAUCAAUAAAUGUCAAGUUAGGGAAAGUUCCUGUUUUAGGUAUCCAAGUAAUACAAGAUCGUGUAGUCGUUUCUGCAUUAGACUUAUUUGAAGACGAUUUUUAUCGGUUUUUCCGAAUAUGUGAGUUGGUUAUACUAUUACGUAUUUCCUCAUGCCCGAUAGUUGAAGAAUUUUUAAAGAAUGCCCUUAAAAUGAGGUUUGUGAUAGAAAAAAUUAUUGCAAUGUCUGUUGAUAUGAAGGACGAAAUUAGUCUUUUGCUAGUAACUGAAAAUCAGACUCUAUUAACAUUAAUAAUGUUGACAACAUAUUCUCCAUCAAAAAAUUUAUAG